AUGGAUUCGAAGCUGCAGUUGUGGCAAGGAAAACUUGUUAAUCAGGCGGGGAGAACUACUCAAAUUCAAGCUGUUGUGGCUUCUAUGGCCCAAUUUCAACUGGGAUGUCUUAAAAUUCCAGAAAAAUCAGCAAGGAAACUUGAGUCAUUGCAAAGAAAUUAUUGUUGGAACAAAGCCUCGAAAAAAGGUUGUAAAUUUAUAGGAUGGAAGGAACUAAAUAAGCCAAGAAGAAUGGGGGGUUUGGGAUUUAAGAAUACUCGAAUUUUCAAUGAAGCUCUCUUAACUAAGCUGGCAUGGAGAAUGCUUCGUGAGACAGAAGCUAAAUGGGUUCAAUUAUUGCAAGCUAGAUAUUUCAGAAAUAUGGAUCCUCUUUAUGGGCAUAUUAAGAAGAUGGGCACUUGGAUAUGGCAAGGAAUUCAACAAGGAUUGCAAUGGAUAAGAAAGUUUCAUAUCUGGGAGAUAGGUGAUGGGUCUAGAAUUGAAGUAGCUAAAGAUCAUUGGAUUGGUACAGAGUCUCUUCAAGAGUCUAUAAACCCUAUAAAUGUGAAUCAGGUUGAUCUCAAGGUUUCUUCUCUUAUUGAUCAUCAGAACAGAGUUUGGAAGCAAGAUAUUCUUCAACAACUGUUUAAUCAUGAUCUGAUUUCUCAGAUAACUACAAUUAGAAUCCCUCCUCAAUCUGCAGUAGAUACUUUGAGAUGGUCUCUUACUAAGAAUGGUUCCUUCUCAGUCCAAUCCACCUAUAAUGCAAUUUUAAAACAGAAUUCUCAGCAGCAGAUCUCUAGAGAGUAA